CAUGGUUACUCUGGGAGGUGUUCGUGAUGUGGAGAAUAAUCAGAACAGCGUUGAGAUCGAGGAACUUGCCCGCUUCGCUGUCGACGAGCACAACAGGGAGGAGUCGAGAUCUGUGGGUCUUGGAUCGAUGUUUUUUGUUUUUUUAGGGUUUGUUUGGACAUCUUGGGGUGAUUUGUUGUUGCAGAAUGCUCUGCUGGAGUUUGCUCGUGUGGUGAAGGCCAAGGAGCAGGUGGUAGCGGGAACUCUUCAUCAUCUCACUUUGGAGGCGAUCGAUGCAGGGAUUAAAAAGCUCUACGAGGCAAAGGUGUGGACGAAACCAUGGCUUAAUCAUAAGGAGCUGCAGGAAUUCAAGCAUACUGGGGAUGGAGAAUCGGCCAGCUUCACCUCUGCUGACCUUGGUGCCAAACGAGAUGGCCAUGAAACUGGAUGGAGGGCUGUUCCUACCAAUGAUCCUGUUGUCCAGGCUGCAGCAAACCAUGCUGUGACGGCCAUCAAUAAUAUGUGCGAUUGUAUUGUUACACUUGAGCUGCUUGAGAUUCAACAUGCAAAAGCUGCGGUGAUUGAAGACUUUGCUAAGUUCGAUUUACUGCUUAGACUGAGGAGAGGAUGGAAGGAGGAGAAAUACAAGGUGGAAGUUCACAAAAAUGUGGAAGGGAUUUUUAGUCUGAAGCUUUAGCUCCUUUGUCUUUGUUGUUGUUAGUAGCAGAUAGUUACUUAUGAGCUGUUUAGUAACUAAUCACAAACUUAAUGGUGGUGUUUUCUUUUUCUUAUUUGGAGUUUAAAUACUUGUUUCAUGCAUGGCUAUGAUUACCGUGAAAGUACUCAGGGUGGAUUUGGAGCAAUGAUUUGGUUUCCUUCCUGACA